CAAGUAUUUGCUCCGACUUGCUCCGACAUUCGACGUCGUAUCUAGUCCUAUAAUCCUAUCGUGCUAUUGGUUCAGUGGCUCUCGGCUCGAGUGACUCGAGUCUGUAGCGCGAAAUCAUCAUUAUCCAGUUGCUGGAAUCUCUUAAGUCGCUUAGCAAUCUGGUGUGGAUGAUCGAGCCGAUGAGGAUGGCGACAACGACCACCAUGAGAUUGCGUGUUGGUACAUGCGGCGAAACAGCGUCGUCGAAUCUCGAAGGGAAGAAACUGCGGAAUGGCUUAACCUCCUCGCCCGGCGUUAUGGAUACCGGCAAAAUCAACGGUUACACUCUACCAAGUAACGGCCACGUAUACUCUGCCCAUGAUUCAUCAAAAGCGGAAUUACAAAAAGCACCACGGUCAAAGGAAUCCUUUGAAAAAGUUUCGUUCAUCACAGCGGCACUUACACACCUUGGUUUUUAUAUUCUCAUGUUCCUGGGAUUUAUUAAUCAACUAUUCUUUAUUCCGAAGAUUGCCACUGAAAAAAAUAGAGAAGGAUAUGCUCCACUCUAUGAUAAUUUCGAGAAGUUUUAUCUCAAAUAUGUCUAUAGAAGAGUCAGAGAUUGUUGGAAUAGACCGAUUUGUUCUGUUCCUGGUGCAAGAGUCACAUUAAAAGAUCGAGUAACUCACGAUUAUGGAUGGACAUUUCAAUUUACUGGAACUAAAACGCAAUGUAUAAAUUUGGGCUCUUACAAUUAUUUAGGGUUCGCUGAAGCGAGUGGUAAGUGCGCCGACGAGAGCAUCAAAACGCUUCGGAAGUUUGGUUGUGCCAGUUGCAGUACGCGUCUUGAAUUAGGUAAUAUGCCGAUACAUGAUGAACUCGAAAAAUUGACUGCAAAAUUUUUGGGCGUAGAAGAUGCCAUAGUAUUUGGAAUGGGAUUUGCCACAAAUUCUUUAAACUUACCUUCUUUAGUCAGUAAAGGCUGUUUAGUUCUUAGCGAUGAGAAGAAUCAUGCAUCACUCAUUCUUGGACUGCGACUAUCUGGUGCAGUAAUACAGAUCUUCAGGCAUAAUAAUGUAAAACACUUGGAGGAAUGUUUGAAGAAAGCUAUUGUUUUCGGGCAGCCGAAGACUGGCAAGCCUUGGAAGAAGAUAGUUAUCAUUGUCGAGGGUGUUUACUCUAUGGAGGGUUCAAUUGUCCAUUUACCUGAGAUAUUAGAGCUAAAAAAGAAAUAUAAAGCCUAUCUGUAUGUGGACGAAGCGCACAGCACAGGAGCCAUGGGAAAACACGGAAGAGGAGUUUGCGAUUAUUACGGUAUUGACCCGCGCGAAGUAGAUAUACUCAUGGGAACAUUUACGAAAAGCUUUGGUUCAGCAGGCGGAUAUAUAGCCGGAACAAAAGCACUGAUAAAUCACAUAAGAAUAUACGGUCACGCGCAUACGUACGCAGUAUCAAUGUCUCCGCCCGUUACGCAACAAAUCAUCACUUCGAUGCGAAUUAUAGCGGGGGAGGACGGUACCGACGCUGGUGAAAAACGUAUCAAACAGUUAGCUAGGAAUACGAGAUACUUUAGACGUAGAUUGAAUCAGAUUGGAGUUAUAAUUUAUGGAAACGAGGAUUCGCCUGUUGUGCCUAUGCUAGUUUAUUUAUUUUCUAAGAUUGGUACAGUGAUCCGUACUCUGACGAGCCAUAACAUUGCAACUGUUGGUGUUGGAUUUCCAGCGACGCCGUUAAUGGAAGGUAGAAUUAGAUUUUGCCUUUCUGCUGCGCACACAAAGGAACAGUUAGAUUAUGUAUUGUCACAUAUUGAAGAGAUUGCGGACAUAUUCGGAUUAAGAUAUUCAAGGAAACCUCGCACUACAACGAAAAUAGAAUAUUCCGACAGUGAAAUGGAAUGACCUACCUCUUAAAAUAAUAAAUUAGACAAUUCAUUUCUUUGAUAAAUAGAAAAAAUAUCAAAAUAGUUGAGGGCUUUAAAUAUCGUCAAUAACUCCUCUACGAUUCAUCAUAUCGUAUGAGAAAUUUAUAUUACAAUUAUUACAAUAAACUAGCGCAUAAAUUUU